AUGUUUAGAAACAGUGUAUUAGUACUGUUUAUUGUAUAUUUGGCAGCUGUGAGUGCUGUCAUCAACACACCACUCUACAAAAGAAGAUUUGCCAAGGAACGUCAACUUUUACCACAACCACCAUUAAUGUCAAAUGAAACUUUUUGGUUCACUCAAUUGGUAGAUCACUUUGAUCCAAAUAACGAUGAAACAUUCCAACAACAAUAUCAAGUAAUCGACGACUACUUUGAUGGUACAGGUCCAAUCUUUUUCUUCUUGGCUGGUGAAGCUCCAAUGGGAUUCUUCAACUUCCAAGAGGUUCAAAUCUGGAAUUGGGCAGACAAGUUCAAUGCUUUAUAUGUUGUUUUGGAGCACAGAUUCUACGGUGCCUCGAAUCCAACCAACGACUUUUCCACUCCGAAUCUCAGAUAUCUCACCAGUCAGCAAGCAUUGGCCGACGCCGCCAACUUCCUCACCUCGUUCAAGGCCGAACGUGGACUUGAGUCGGCACCAGUCGUCGUUUUUGGUUGCUCAUACUCUGGUGCUCUCUCAGCCUGGUUCCGUUUGAAGUAUCCACAACUCGUAGUUGCAUCGGUCGCUCCAUCCGGCCCGGUUUUGGCUCAACUCAACUACACCGGUUACUACUCGCAGUUCUCCAACUCUGCCGCACCAGACUGUGUUGCCGCCGCACAGACUGCCACCAACCAAAUCAUGGCAUUGACAACCUCCAAGUCUGGACGUGACCAACUCGCCAAGACAUUCAAUUCGUGCUCCAACUUGGAGAAUCCACGUGAUCUCUACUACUUCCUCUACACUCUCACCGAAGCAUUGGGAUCGGCCGACCAAAUGAACAAUCCACCAACCUGGGGAUUGAACACCACCUGUCAAACUCUCACCCAAACAUCUAGCCUCCUCGACAACUGGGCACAAAUUGUCGCCGGUGGUCAAACUGGAUGUCAAGACUACUCCCUAAAGUCAUUCAUCGACUCAAUGAGAAAGACAAACAGCAAGGAUCAAGAUGGUAGCAGAAGUUGGUUAUGGCAAACUUGUGUCGAAUUUGGUUAUUUCUCUACUACCUAUCCAGGUACAUCUGUAUUCCCACCAACUUUGAAUGUUGAAGAACAAGUCAAGUGGUGUGAAGAGAUCUUUGACAUCAAGGGAAUGACACCAAAUAUCGCUUGGACCAACUCAUACUAUGGUGGUCAACAAAUUCAAGGUAGCAAUAUUAUGUUUACCAAUGGUCUUUUGGAUCCAUGGCAUUUAUUGAGUGUUAAUGAACCAAACUUGGAAGGAACUGUUCAAGCCGCCACCUACGAAGCCGGUCACUGUGGAACCCUUAUCCAAUCGACAUCGAUCGAUCCACCAUCGCUUAUUGCCGCAAGAGCUCAAAAACUUUCACAAUUUAAUGAAAUGCACACACUUAUUCGUUUUCCUUGUGACAACGUUGAAAAAAGAGGUUCAUGGACCUAG